UAAGCGACCAUAUAGUAAACAAAUUCCACGCUUGCGUAACAAACAGGCCCGCUGAAAAUCAAUACAGCAAGCAUAAUUCGGACUUGCAAGCUUUAUAGACUUUUAUUUCUGAAUCAAGUUGCUUUUUAUUAGUGCGCUUUUUACUCCUUUUGUUCACCGAGUUAAUAAGAAGCAAAAGUGUCCAUUUACACUCAAAAAGAUGACAUAUCAGAAGAAAAUGGGAAGAGAGAGCGCAAAACUGAAAAUAAUUUGGUUAAUACCUUUCUUCAUUCUGUGAUUGGUCGGACUUGACCGGAUUAGUUUGUUGGACCAGUGCACAUAGCUGGUACUAUUUCUGGCCUUUGGGCCUAUUUGCUCUUUUUCCUUGGCUAUAAGCUGGCUCAAAUUGAACUACUACUAUAGUAGGCGCAGUAUUAUUUCUCUUUUCAUUUAUGGCUCGAAUCUUUUUAAUGAUUACCGUUUUUACGAUUUAUCCUAAUUAUUUAUUGAACAAAAAAACUUUUCUCCUUCCGAUUUUACUGCAUUAUUUCGCCGACCUGCUGAGCUCUGCUGAUUGCCAUUGCAUUCUAUGUCUUCUUUAUUACCAUACUUCAUAGAGCGAAACACAGCCGUAUAGCAGCUUAAAAACCACGCUGUUUGUUUGCUUUUCAGCCAAACAAUCUACCAAAAAACAUCAAAAAAUUCAAAUUUGGUGCCGAGAAAACUAUAUGCGGACUACAAAUCAAGAAGAGACAUUGAAAUUGAUUCUAGUUCUUAUACCAUAAAUGUCGUCUUCAAAAUCAAUCAAGUGCACUCCAGAAAAAGAAAUGCCAUUGAAGCUAAGACGGCAACUUGAAAGAAUUAUCGCCAUUUCCUCUUAGCCCUGCAGACUCGAAUUCAAAUAGUAGGAAGUGCUUAUUAUUGAAUUAUUAAGCUGGAGUUACCUCAAUUUUUUGUUAGAAAACACGACCAAUAUUCAUAACCUACUUUGAAGAUUGAUGUUUCAUGCAAACUUGAAUGAUGGGAACUAAAUACAAUGGCCGAUUAUGACCAAAAAGUGACCAGUAAACUUAAGCCGACACUCAAUUCUUCUAUCAGACACAAUUAUGACAUAUCCAAUUCACGUUUUAUGCAGCUCGGGAACUGUUAAAUUUUUAUUUCGUCGACUCAUUGGAAUAUUUUGGGCUUCUUAUUAUACGAAGCUGUGGUUACUGUUAGUUUUUUAUGGUGCUGUGCUUAUGCAGCCUUCUAGCGGUGUGCAGGAACUGUUUAAAAUUGGGUUCGCCUGCAACGUAUCGAAAACUACGUCAUCAAAUUUAUGCUCAUCGGAAUUGAACAAAAUAUUCAAGGAAGCUGAUAUCUCCAUUCAGGACAACAUGUAUGAGCUGAAGAAACAAGGAGGGUGGGAAUUGGACUUCCGCCCUGGCGAGUUGACACUCCCCGAGAACAUUUACCACUCCAUGAUGAGUGUAUGUGUAGCAGUGGAGGGAGGGGAGGGGGGAAGGAUUAGGGCUGUGAUUGCAGAUGUGGAUAACGACGCAUUGAGUGGGUUGUUGCUGGUGACUAAUCAUUUCAAGAUACCUGUCAUAUCUAUCAGGCCCAGGUCUACAGUACUUGACCCGAUGCUGUCCUCGUACUACCUGUCGGUGUUCCCCUCCCGUGCCACCAGUGCCUCCCUCAUUCAGACCUUCCUGAGGAGAUAUGCUCUGAGUCAGGUGGGCAUAGUGGCCAACAGUCUCUACCUCUCAUCCAACUACUACUCUCUCACACUCAACAAGACUCUAACCCGAGACCCCAAAGUAUCAGUGGAGUGGAUGUUGCACUACGAUCCAGAUCAGGUGAAUGCUCUGGAUGUGAUCAGUCGGUUCCGGGACUCCUCAAGAGUGGCUGCCAUCCUAGUCCUCCUCCCUCUAUCCAACAUGGCACCUUUCUUCUCUGUUCUCAAGGAGUCGCACUGUCUUCAUGCCCAUUGCGGCACAGGCCACGAUUGGAACGGUACGGAGAUCAACAACUACAUCUGGAUAUUUCCCGACAUCAGUUUUUCGGACGAUCCUAGCAUCAUGCGUCAUCUACCUCUCGGCUCCAUAUCUUUCUACUCGGCUCUCAAGGACGACCCAUCCGAUGUAGUUUCGGCUUUAACUGAGGUCGUAAUGGGAGCAGCCGAGUCGGCUCGGAAGAAUCUAGAAGUACUUGGUGAUUUGAGCGGAGAACCAGUGCGACCGGAAAUAAAUACCUUGACGUGUCUAAGAGACCAGGACAUUCAAACACAUGUGAAGCAGGGGCAAGAACUGCUAAGGGUUCUCAAACAAAGCAGUUUCACAGUGAAAAACAAUUCUAAGUACAAAUUCGAUAGCGACGGAUUCAACUCCAACGGCUUCUACAGAAUAGUCAACCUCAUCAAGAACCCGAACAUUCCCUCGACUAAAGACGAGUACCGCAUCUGGCGUCAAAUCGGCACCUACCAACCAGAUCAGGGAGGUCUGAAAUUGGACACAAUUCUCUGGCCAGGAGGUUCGCCUCUGUUGCCAGAUGCAGUUAGAAUAGCGGACACUGAGAAAAUACGACUGGUGUUGAAGCUGUCUCUGCCCUUUGUGAUGCAGACUGCGCAGUACAAUGAAGAGAGCGAGCAAGCUGGAAUCAAGUGUAGAGACGUAGGCAUCCAGUGUCUCAAUAUCUCUUCGUUCACCGUGGACCCCGACCAGAUCCAGAAGUACCUGGAUGGUAAGAGUGCGGACAAGGUGGACGUGUUAUGCUGCUACGGAUUCACAGUUGAAGUUCUCAAGAGUCUCGCUAAUGAUCUCAACUUCAAGUACCAGGCUUUCCUGACUCCUGAAGCUACAAUUGGGUCAUACACUGAAGGCCAAUGGCGAGGCAUGAUAGGGGAUAUCUUACGGGACUCAGCUGACAUGGCGGCAGGUGCAACUAGCAUCACACCUCAGAGGGCAGAGGCUAUCCAGUUCAGUGUCCCUUACUACAGCAGCGCGUUUGGCACUCUGUCUGCUAGGAAGCCCCCCCGACCAGCCACCAGCGCCUUCAUGGACCCCUUCUCGCCCGCCAUGUGGAUACUCAUCUUCAUAUUCGUCCACGUCACUGCAAUCUUCAUGGCAUUCUUCGAAUGGCUGUCGCCUUAUGGCCUGCACCCGAAUGGACGCAACAGACGCUCUGUGUUCAGCUUCCCCUCUGGCCUCCUCCACACCUGGUCCCUACUCUUCUCACACACCUACGCCUCCAAACCCCCCAAGAGUGUGGCCAGCAGAAUCAUAGUCAAUGCGUGGGGUAUGUUCGCUGUUGUGUUCAUUGCUGGCUACACGGCUAACUUGGCCUCCUUCAUGGCGGGUCGGAUGCUGGAUCCCAACAUAGACAUCUCAAAGCUUCGUUAUCCGGACAGUGACAUGAAGUUUGCGACUAUCAACGGCACUAGCACAGAGUACUACUUGCAGCUCUAUUUCCCCCAGAGGUACAGGGAGUUCAAAAAGAACAACGUCAAGAGCCUCGCAGAGGGAGUGGCCAAGCUAAAGAGUUACGAGAUAGGGGCGCUGAUGUUCGAUGCUCCCCAGGUGGAGUACGAGGCAGCCACUGACCCCGACUGCACUCUGAUCGCAGCAGGGAGCAACUUCUGGUCAGACACCUACGGACUCAUGUUCCCAAAACACUCCAAUCUUGUCAAUCAGAUCAAUGAGCGCCUCGUGAACUACGAGGCCACAGGCAUGAUCACCACCUGGGAGAAGAAGUGGCUCACCACGCCCAGUGGAGAGUGCUAUUCGCCUAUGAUGAGCAGGUACCGCUUGUCAUUCGACCACGCCCACGGGGUCUUCAUCCUAAUACUGGUGGGCAGUUUGUUCGCCCUGUUCGUGCUAGGCAUAGAGUGGCUGGUCUAUAAACUGGUGGUGCCUUGUCUCAAACAGCACGAGUACAGUGGCAAAUGGAAGUACAUCCUAUUCUUCAGCCAGCGACUGAAUGCGUCCCUCAAAACGGCACCCAAGUUAAGCAAAAAGAAACACUCCAUAAUAGGACUGGUAGAUUCCGUUCACUCCAAUGUCAAAAGAACAAGUGCAAGCUCCCCUUCUAACUCAAUCACAAGACUAGCACUUCUACGGUCCAGUACCACCGGGUCAUUCAAGUCCAAAAAGGUACCUGUUUCCAAUCAAAAUGGCGGAAACACUCCUGCUAACCUAACCUUGAACCCGGGCUACAGUGAAUAUCAUCAGAUGGCAGCUAGCAGAACCAACAAUUUGUCUACUCCUAGGAGCUCAGUAGCUAGCAAGUGGGGGUUGGGUACCAUCAGUCGAGAUACGAGCUCAGAUGUGGUUCACUUUAGUUCUCUAUACAGCCAUCAGGGGUCAAUUUCACCGCACACAACAAUGCCUGUAUUGCCCCAGAACAGAGAUGACUCAUCGUUGUUUGAUAGUUGUUCAAGUCUGUCUUGCAAUGUGCCAAAUAGAGCCAACCAGAACAAUUCAGGUGCAAUUGCUGUCGGGACAUAUUCGGAGCACAAAGAUCCCGGCGUUAGGUUUCCCAUCAUAGUCAAAAGUCCAUCUCACAAUGUCGGCGGUCCGUCAGGCGAGUUCAAGACCGGAAUAGAAAUAGUCCAGACCCACAUUCCUAAUGGAUUCAUCUCAGCCGGAAGCAGCCGGGACAUGUCUCCCAUGCAGACUCAACCUGAGCAGAUGCAAAUGAUGCCAAUUACAGUGAACAUGCCAUCAAACCCGGCAGUACAGUCGCAAUCUGUUCGGGUUAGAACUCCUAGCCAGGGAGCUGGACUCUCGAACAGAAAUAACACUAUGACCCCCCAGAAAGAGAACCAACCAGGAGUUCCCAUACAUACCAGAAGAGUUCCACUAGAAUCUGAGUCCAGGUCUUGCUCCACAGACAUCUAGUUUUAGACGAUCGUUUUCGAAGUAGAAGAGUUACUAGCUAAUUGCCGCAAAAUCUAUCAAUUUACUAUUCCAUUUCCAUAUUAAGUCCCAUUUUUAU